UUCGUUACGUAUUUGGGUCAUCCAGGCAUCCUGGGUUGUGUCUCUGGGCAUUCACUUUGGUUGAAAUUCUGAGUUGUUUUUCGCUUUCCAGGAAUCUGUGGAGCUUAUCAGUUCAAUUUUCUGGAGGUUGGGUCGAUUACAGUCUAUCGUAGCAGACACUGAGAGGACAGGAAGAAGAAGAGAAAAGGGGAAAAGAAGAGAGGAGCAGAAGAGAGAAAGAAAAGAGAAAAAUAAAGAAAGAGAGAGAGUUGAUUUUCUUUUGGACAUGUCAUGUGUGUUCUGUUUUGGAAGAUCCUUAACUUGCUUUGUGGACUCUGACGACAAUACGACGAUGUCUCCGAUGUUAAGUAGCUGGCAUCAGUAAUGAAUGAAGAAGGAAAUGCUGGUGAAGUUAAAACUCCAAACAGUCCCGGUUGACAGAAUCAAUGUCUAAGGCGGCAUGAUGCUGAAUACAGAACAGGUUGCCGUGAUAGGGCAGACUUUCGAGUCCUAUGUUUCAGAACAUCACAGGAAUGAUAUAUUGCAGAUUUUACAAGAGCCUGAUGAUGGAGCACAUUUUUCAGUAAUUGUGAAUGCCAUGACCCUUUUUGAAGCUAGCAUGGAAGUUGCAGAAUACUUGAUCGCUUUCCCAACAGAGGUUCUACCUGUAUUUGACAAUGCUUUGCGUAGAGCAGCCAUGACUGUUUUCCAGUCCUUUUCAGAAAAUGAUAACAUUGUUAUGAAGCAGAACCUUCACGCCAGAGUAUCAGGUUUGCCUAUGUGUCCCGAAUUGACAAGGGAACACAUUCCAAGGACUUUGGAUGUAGGCCGUUUUCUGUCUGUCACUGGCACUGUGAUCCGUACUUCUAUGGUGAAAGUCCUAGAAUGUGAGCGUGACUAUAUGUGUAAUAAGUGUAAGCAUGUUUUUGCACUAAAGGCAGACUUUGAACAGUUUUACACCUUCUGCAGUCCAACAUUCUGCCCAAAUGAAGAAGGGUGUGACUCCUCAAAAUUUACCUGUCUGUCUGGACUGUCUUCUGCUCCAGAGAGCUGCAGAGAUUAUCAAGAAAUAAAGAUUCAGGAGCAGGUGCAAAGGUUAUCUGUAGGAAGCAUACCUCGGUCAAUGCUGGUGGUUCUUGAAGAUGACUUGGUGGAUACUUGCAAGUCAGGUGAUGAUGUCACAGUUUAUGGUGUGGUGAUGCAGAGGUGGAAGCCUCUGCAUCAGGAUGUCCGCUGUGACCUAGAAAUAGUUUUAAAAGCCAAUUUUCUUGAGGUAAAUAAUGAGCAACCAAAUGGAGUUGUCAUCAAUGAUGAAGUCCGCAAAGAAUAUGAAGACUUUUGGAAUAAGUACCAAACCGAGCCAUUAGCAGGACGUAGUGAAAUUCUUGCCAGCCUGUGUCCUCAAGUCUUUGGGAUGUAUGUUGUCAAGUUAGCAGUUGCCAUGGUGCUGGCUGGAGGAGUACAGAGAAUUGAUACAGCAGGCACAAAGGUCAGAGGUGAAUCUCAUCUUUUGCUUGUGGGAGACCCAGGAACUGGCAAGUCUCAGUUUUUGAAGUACGCUGCAAAGAUCACUCCUCGUUCUGUUCUUACAGCAGGAAUUGGGUCUACAAGUGCAGGCCUAACUGUUACUGCUGUGAAAGAUUCUGGAGAGUGGAACCUGGAGGCUGGAGCUCUUGUAUUGGCAGAUGGAGGUUUGUGCUGUAUUGAUGAAUUCAACAGCAUCAAAGAGCAUGACAGGACGAGUAUUCAUGAAGCUAUGGAGCAACAAACAAUCAGUGUGGCUAAGGCAGGCCUAGUCUCUAAACUUAAUACAAGGACCACUAUAUUGGCAGCAACAAACCCUAAAGGCCAUUAUGAUCCUAAUGAGUCUGUGUCAGUAAAUGUGGCUCUUGCCAGCCCACUUUUAAGCAGGUUUGACCUAGUGUUGGUCUUACUUGACACAAAAAACGAGGAGUGGGAUCGCAUAAUUUCAUCUUUUAUUCUGGAAAAUAAAGGUGCCCCUGGUAAAUCAGACAAGUUGUGGAGUAUGGAGAAAAUGAAAACUUAUUUUUGCCUAAUAAAAAUGUUUCAGCCAAGAAUGUCUGAUGAGGCCAAUGCAAUUUUUGCCCGAUAUUACCAGUUGCAGCGCCAGAGCAAUUGCAGAAAUGCUUCUCGUACUACCAUUCGUAUGCUGGAAAGUUUGAUCCGCUUAGGAGAAGCCCAUGCGCGUCUAAUGUUCAGAGACAUUGUGACUGUGGAGGAUGCGAUUACAGUAGUCUCUCUAAUGGAGUCAUCAAUGGCUGGUGGUGCUCUUCUUGGGGGUGUAAAUGCAUUACAUACAUCCUUCCCAGAUAACCCAGUGGAACAGUAUAAACUGCAGUGUGAACUCCUGUUGGAACGAUUGGGCCUGCAAGAUAUUCUGAAAGCAGAAUUGGAAAGACUUGACAGAUUACAAAAUGGAAAUCAACCUGGAUGCAUCAACUCUGCUACUGCAGGAUUUGGAGAAAAAGUAUCUACCAGUGUGACAGAGCAACGAUUCCAAAGCAUUCAUCCAAGUCCUUUGAAGAGGCAAAAUAUUUCUAAGACUAGAACACUAGACAUUUCUAAUGUUUGUACCAAAAAUUUGCAAACUGUAUUUUCAUCUGAUAUGGUGGUUAACAGCACAAAUGUAUCAGUUACUGAUAACCAAGGUACAGGAGAUACACAAUCAGGAACUACAGCUGUUCCAAAAAUGAACAAAAGCAAUGUACAAGGUCACACAGCAGAACCACAAAAUAGCACUAGUGGAGAUGAACUGAGAUGGUUUGAUCAGCUUGGAAGUGAAGAAACUUCAUCUCUCUUAUCUCCAGCAUCGAGGAAUUGUGCAAGAGAUCCUGAUAAAUGCAUCUUACAGGUGCCUGGUAUCGAGCACAGUGAACUCCAUCAAAAUGAUAGUAGUAAAUGUGAUCAAAUUCAGGUCACUGCAAAUGAACACCAGAACAGUGUGGUUACACCAUACAGAGGUACCAAGGCUUGUAAUACUGUUUCUAAGUUGGGUUCAAAGCUGUCAGAUUCUUCUGCAUCACUUUUAAAGCGUCCAGUGCAGGUACCAGCAGUAACUGUGGAGUCCUGCAUAACAGAGAGAGUAUCUAAGAAGGUCUACAGAUCCCGAAAUAAAAGUGUUAAAGAGGCUGUAACAGCACAGUACAUCCAGCCAGAGAAUAUGCCUGAAGUGGUAGUUGACUCCAACACAUCUGAAUCUUUAUUUCAGUUGGGCAUUACACCUGUUUUAGAUGGUGACAUUAGUAAAGAUUUUGAUCAUUCAUCCUUGCUUAACUCACUUAGCUCAGAUGAUACACCCAUGGUAAAGAAGAAGAAAAAGAAAAAACACCUUCAAGAACAACAUAGUGCAAGUCUGUCAAACCCUAAAGCUGACGAGAUUCCAAGUUUUCUAAGAACAAAGUUGGAAUCCUUUUCGUUUAAGCAAAAGUCUAAGAUGGCACAUUGUCCUGUACAGAGUGACAGUGUUGAAUCCGUUGUCUCACCCAAAGAAAAUGCAAAACCUGCUAAAAUAUGUCAAAAUGAAAAUAAAAAUGUUAAGGCACAAAAGGGAAGUUCUAAAAAGACAAACUUGAUGAUAAAUGGAACAGAAGGUAAAGCACAAGAUUCCAGAUUUAGUGAAGCAGAGAUAAAACCUGAUGAGUCUCCUGUAAAAAGAGAACUUUCAAGUAAUGAACAGGAAAAGAAUAUUGAAACUCCAAAAGCCACCAACAAGGAACAGAGUGAGCCUACAUCAUCUGAAUCUAAUAGAAAGGUGGCUUCUAGCACUUUAGCAAAGUUAGCAAUGUUCAGUUAUGUAUCACCACCUGAAAAUACAGUUGUAAAUGUGACAAAUGGAGGCAGCCUUAGUACCCCAGUGCAAAAGAUAGCCACUGUAACUGAAAAUAAGGGCACAGACAGCCCAGAUGUGCAGAGAAAAAGGAAAUCAUUUGAACUCAGACCUACUAGUAAUCCAAUAGCCAUUUCAAACAAAACUCUCUUUUGCACAGCAGACAAUUUAGAUGAUGGGGAUUUAGAUUUUGACUGGAACGAAGAAAUUAGGAAAAAGCCUAGAAGAUAGUUUUAUACUUGCUGUUUUACCAUAAUGCAACACUAUACAUGCUGUAUUCUGAUUAUGUAAUGUCUUGAUAACUGGCCUUUUAGCACUUUAAAACGUCCUUAUUUGAAUUAUUGAAUGUUAUGGUAAAGAAAAAGUUCAUAGUAAUGGCUGUGUGUGACAGAAUCAGCUCGAUUUUUCUAGAGAUAUUUAUAAAGCUACGCCAUAUUUCAAGAAUAUGAUUUUCCAUAAUAAAUGUCAAGUUGUAGACAACUCUUUAGAAAAAACUCAAAA